AUAUCUUUCUUUUGCCGCUUUCCCUUUUCUCUCUCUCCCUCCUUCUCCUAGCCAUGGCAUUCUUCCUGCAGCAGCGCAACUUCGAACACCACCACCGGCGGCGGCAGCAGCAGCAGCAGCAGCAGAAGCCGCAGCAAUCCAUUCUCUUCAGAAACUUUGUGCCGAUUGAUGGCCAAAUCUCGCCCCCGAUCUCCUUGCCCAAUGCUGCAAGCUUCCCCGAUCCUCCUCGCCCUUCCGUCGUUAACGUUAUGGGCCUUGCACCUGGCCCUACGGUGGCGGCGGACGGAUGGGAACCGAGGACGAAGCGGCUUAAGGAGCAGGAUUCGCUAGAUGACUCGCAGAUAACGUCCAUCGAUUUCCUGCAGACGGGACCGGUGUCCACAGGGUUGGGACUGUCACUGGACGACCGGAGAGUGGCAGUCUCGUCUGGGGAGUCGCCGCAGCUGCUCCUCCGGGUUGUCGAUGAGGAAAUCGAUCGCGAGUUGCAGGGAAUGGAGGCUGAAAUGGACCGCUUUAUGAAGAUUGAGGGUGAGCGUCUAAGACAAUCAAUAUUAGAGAAGGUUCAAGCGAAACAGUUACAAGCUCUUGCAUUGGUCGAGGAUAAGAUCCUCAAAAAGAUGAGUGAGAAAGAUUCAGAGCUGGAGAACAUGAACAAGAAGAACAUGGAUCUUGAAGAACAGAUGAAACAAUUGUCAGUAGAAGUAGGUGCCUGGCAGCAACGUGCAAAGUACAACGAGAACUUGAUUAACUCGCUGAAGUGUAAUCUCGUGCAACUUAAUGCUCAGAACAGGGACAAUGAAGAAGGUUGUGGCGACAGUGAAGUUGACGACACAGCCUCUUGCUGCAAUAGUGAUGUCAAUUUGCAGCUCAUGUUAAAACAAAACAGGAACUUGAAGGAGACUGCUUGUAAGAUUUGCGGAGUCAAGAAGGCUUGCAUGCUUUUAUUGCCUUGUCGGCAUCUUUGCUUGUGCAAGGAGUGCGAGAUCAAGUUCAACUUCUGCCCGCUAUGCCAGUCCUCAAAGUUCAUCGGCAUGGAAGUCUAUCUAUAGUGAAUUUUGUUGCCUAUGGCUGCCUACUUGCUCUUGUAUAAUAUGUUGGACUACUCUUAUUGAUGACUUGCUAUAUGCUAGAAGCUAUCAAUUGCUGUUGCAUACAAUGCUAUCAAUUGCUGUUGCAUACAAUGCUAUCAAUUGCUGUUGCAUACAAUGCUGUAAUGGGUAUUGUAUUUGAAAUUUGUAAAAGCCUCCACAUGAUGUGAAUCCAGUCUUCCACAGAA